AUGGAGACAGAGACAGCAGGAGACAGCACAGCCCAAUGGAGCAGAGCCUUAGGCGGGGCUUCAACCCUUCUCUCGCCGGAGGCGGGGAGGAUGGCUGACAAGCUUCUGGGGGCGGUUGAGGAGACAGAGUUUAAUUCCUUUGUAGAGUGUCUCUACCGCAGGAUGCUGCUGCGCGCUGCAGCAGUGCGCAGCAACUCUGUCACCACCUGCAAAGUCUGCUGCUUGGCCCUGUCGGAGCAGCAGCAGCAGCAGCAGCAACAGCAGCAGCAGCAGGAAGGAGAGACAGAGCAGCAGCAGGAUUCAGAAGGGCCUUUUGCUCCCUUUCUCAAGAAUAGACAAACCCUGUGGCUUGACAUAGCACCUCCUCCCACCCCAUUCCUUAGCAGCAGCAGCAGCAGCAGCAGUAGCAGCAGCAGCAGCAGCAGCGUGGCUGCUGAGGAGGCAGCCUCUCUGCGACUGCUGCUGCUGCGGCUCACCCUCUCAAAGAUGCUGCAGCAGGAAGAUCUGCAGCACUUCCGUCCCUGGUAUCAUCGCUUAGUUGCUGCUGCAAAGGCAGACGCAUGGAAACAGGUGCAGCAGCAGCAGCAGCAGCAGCGCAGGAGACAGCAGCUGCUGCUGCGCCUGAAGGAGGAGCAGCAGCAGCAACGCAGAAAGAGACAGCUCCUGCUGCACCCGCCAAGCCCUCCACCCCACAAGCACUGCCAUCAGCACAGGCAGCAGCAGCAGCUGCUGCGGCAGCAGCAGCAGCAACGGCAGCCCAGGCGCCGCACCAACGGCAGCAAAAGUGAACAGUCUGCUGACGCCUCUUUUGCUGCUGGAGGGUCUCCUUCUAUCUGCUGGCGAGAUUCUGUCUCUUCAAACGCAUCAUCGCCGUCGACCUCACCAAGAAGGCCUCAAGAUGCAGCAGCAGAUGGGCGUGACCAGCAGCAGCAGCAGCAGCAGCAGCAGGAUCCGGACAGUGGAGCAGCAGCAGUUCCUGCAGAAGCAGUAGCAGCAGCGGCAGCAGCAGCAGAACCUACAGCAGCAGCUGCUGCUGCUGGAGGUAGUAAAGAAGGCGCACUAGAAUCUGCUGCCUCCCCGGAGGCAAUAGAAGCUCCUGCUGCAGCAGAAACAUCUGCUGCUCCUGCUGCUGCUGCUGCUGCUGCUGGUGCAGCACGGGAAGGCAAUAAGGGUGAGAAGAGCAGCAGGAGCAGCGGCCUCUUUUCUUGCUGCGCAUACCCCAGCAGCUGCCCUGCUGCAGCAGCAAGACGAGUCACCACGUCUCUCAAGCGCAGCGCCUGCGUCUCCUCCAGACAGCUGCUGCCGUUAAGGCUUGGUGCUGCUGCUGCUGCCGCUGCUGCUGCUGCCCCUGCUGCUGCUGUCAGCGCUGGAGCUGGAGAUGCGCAGCAGCAGCAACCGCAGCAGCAACUGCAGCAGCAGCAGCGGCAUACUCAUCAAGACCCAGAUAAAACCCCAGAGGCAACGGGACACGACAGCCAACAGCAGCAGCAGCAACAACAGCAACAGCAGCAGCAAGAGGAGGCAGCGGCAAACUCCCCGCCUAUCCACGAUGUUGUUUCUGCUGCUGGAGGCUGCGAAGAAGCAGCAGCAGCAGGAAGAACAGCAGCAGCAGGAGAAGCUGUCGAGGAAACAGGCGAACCAGCAGCAGCAGCAGCAGCAGCAGCAGCCGAAGGGACGUCAGCAGCAGCAGCACUACUAGAGCGCAUGCAAGCAGCAAUAAGGGAGCACUGGGACGGCAAUAGAAACCCCUUCUCUAUUUCUUUAACAACGCCUCUCGGCAGCACCACCCCGACCAUUCGCACGCUGCAGCCGGAGCAGCUGCUGCUGCUGCAGCAGCAGCAGCAGCAGCAACCUGUCGCAAGCUUUAAGACCAUCGCGACACUUGAGGAGCAACACCGGAUUAAAGCUGCCCAAGCGGCGCAGCUGGAGCGGCAGUGUGCGAUUCAGGCGUAUCACGAAAGGAAGCUGAGGCAGCAAAUAGAGGCAGUGAAGCUGGCCUUGGAGAGAGAGCAGCAAAACUACAGUUUGCUGCUGCUGCGGGAGAAGAGACGCGUACACAGGAUGCAGCUGCUGCGGCAGCAGCUCGCUACGUAUAGAGAAAAGCAACAAAACAAGCUCAUACGCAGCAGCAGCAGCAGCAACACCAGCAGCAGCAGCAGCAACGUGCACAAGCGCGCCGUCCCCAAGUGA